AUGAAAAGAAUUGAUGUUAAAGAAAUGGAAAAGAAUGUCAGUUUUAUAUUGAAAGAAAGAGGCACCGGAUGGGGCCAACUGUAUCCAAAGGAAUACUCAAGGGUCCUUGUAGUCAAGGGUCAUAGAGUGGUUCUAUUUGGCACCACACUAUUUCUUAAUGAAAAGAAGUUUGAAGAGGGUGUUAUCUAUCUAAGUAAGGAUGGAGCAAGGAUUGUAAUGACAAAGUGCAAUGAGGUUGCUAUUCUAGACUUCUCCACAUCUAUAAUCAGAAGAAUUCAUACCAGGAUACAAAUAAGAAGAGGAGAAGCAUGGAAUGGGCAUCUGGGAUUCCUGACUGAGGAUGGGCAUUUGGAGGUAUUCAAGGAUGGAGCGUUUAUGUAUGAAAAGAAAGAUGUGAAAGACUUUCUUCUUCCUGAUUCUACUGUUGAUUUAGAUGAGAGGUUUAUGGAUUACGAAAAUGUGAAGAAACUUUUUCGAAGCAGCAGUGGAGACAAGAUCAUAGUUGUAACAGAGGGGAAGCUAAUUCUUGGGGAUAGCGAGAUUGAAAACAUACUUCACACUGGGGAUGUGGACUAUGAUAGAGGUGUAAUGCCUUGCUAUUAUCAUUGCGAUUUCCACGGGGUAGAUCUAUUAGCAUCUAGUAACUCUUCAAAGUUCUUAUUUCUUGGAAGUGGCCUUCAUGAGCUAGAUUUGGAGGAAGAAAUAAAGUUGCUGAACUUAAGAACAGAUGAGGAGUUCAAUGUCAGGUACCUGGUGGGUAUGGACCACUCUGGAGAGUAUGUAUAUCUUAUUGAUGAGGAUGGAGUUCUGAGCAAGUUUGAGGUUUGUGGAAUAGAAAGUGAAAGGGAAGCAAAGGGAGACGUUGAUUUUACAGAAGAAAGAUAUAUGAUUUCCAAGGAAGAGGGAUUGAAGAAGAUGAACGAGGGAAAUGAUUCCAUGAAUAUAGGCAAGGAUACAGAAGAAAAGAGGGCGUUUGCUUCAUUAAACAGCCUAUUGGACUCUGCCAAAGGGGGUAAUGUUUCUGUAGAAUCGGAGAGUAAAAAGCCUUCUGGAAACAAAGAUGUGCUCUCCAGAAAGUUGACAGGAGAUUCCCGAGUGGAUGCACUAAUUGAAAGAGUUGAUUCACAGAUAGAUGAGAUUACCAAGGACUUCCAGGGAAUAAAGGUUGAGAAGAAAACCUUUCGGAUGUACAAAUACAAUGCAAAUGAUCUGUCUUUGUCUGUCGAGGAGAUAUAUACGAAUGUCAUGAGACUUGAAAACUAUAGGACAAUGGGAGAUGAAAUGGCCGAGCAACUUUCCUUAAUGCUUAAUAGUCUCGAGGUUUAUAGAGGGAUUGAUGAGGAAAACAUAAGAAAUGCAGUAAGAUAUAUUGACAGUGCAAUAGAAAGUAUUUCAAAAGGACGAAGACGAAGGAUAGUGCACUAUACAAAGCCACUGUUCUACGGGAUUGAAAAGGUGGGAAGGACUUCCCAUGAGUUGAGUGUGAAGUUAGGGGGUGUUCAAAAGACUUUAGUAGAUGUAGACUACACAGAGAAAGGGAUAGAUAAUGAUGAUCUUGGGGAUGGCUUUACACAGCAUUUUAAUCUUAGCCAGGGGCUUGCAGAUACCAUACCUGGCGAGAAGAAAGAAGAGCCGGUAAUUCAUCAAAAGGAAAUUCUUUCCGAGAAAAUAGAAGACAAACCUGAUGAAAGUUACUUUGGUGGAAACGAGUUACUAAGUAAAAAAGAAAACCACACAUCCAUUCCUACUAUACAACCUUCCAACAUCUUUGGUCAACCCAUGCCCCAGGGUAGUUCUACACAGUUUGAGGGAUUGUUUAGCAACACUUCUCCAUCCAAUAUCUUCCAAUCCAUAAGUAAUAACCCUCCUACUAUUCCUCAAGCCCCAUCGAAGAAGGAAGAGGUGCCUGACCAGUCAACCCCAAACGCAUUUUCCAGAUUUGCAAGUAGCAGAAGCUUAUUCAAAUAA